AUGGACAUGGGAGACCUCACAGUUACCUCCAAGGAGGAGCAAACGGCUGCCAAGCUACCCAUCCCUGGCAAGCGAAACAUCCUAAUCACCAGCGCCUUGCCUUACGUCAACAAUGUCCCCCACCUAGGAAAUAUUAUCGGCUGUGUGUUGAGUGCCGAUGUCUUUGCACGCUACUGCCGUCUUCGAGGCUACAAUACGGUAUACGUAUGUGGAACUGAUGAGUACGGCACGGCGACAGAGACCAAAGCUAUGGAAGAGAAGUGUAGCCCCCAACAGAUUUGUGACAAAUAUCAUGCAAUUCAUAGGGAGGUUUACAAGUGGUUUAAUAUAAGCUUUGACAAAUUUGGGCGCACAUCGGCACCACAACAAACGGAAGUAUGUCAAGCGAUUUUCAAAAAGUUGUUGGAUAAUGAAUGGCUUUCAGAGAACACAAUGCAGCAGCUUUAUUGUGACACAUGCAAACGGUUCUUAGCCGACAGACUUGUGGAGGGGACAUGCCCGACUCAAGGUUGUGACUAUGCUUCUGCACGAGGAGAUCAAUGUGAAAAUUGUGGAAAGCUUUUGAAUCCAACAGAAUUAAAAGAUCCUAAAUGCAAGGUGUGUAAGACAACUCCACGAAUUCGUGAUACAAAUCACUUGUUUCUGGAACUUCCUUUGCUCAAAGAUAAACUGGAAGAGUAUAUCAAUAAAACAUCAGUGGUUGGGUCUUGGAGCCAAAAUGCCAUUCAAGCGACAAAUGCAUGGCUCAAAGAGGGACUUAAACAACGAUGUAUUACUAGAGAUCUAAAGUGGGGGGUUCCAGUUCCACAUGAUAACUUCAAGGAGAAGGUUUUCUAUGUGUGGUUUGAUGCUCCGAUUGGAUAUGUAUCAAUUACUAAAUGCUACACUGAUGAAUGGGAGAAAUGGUGGAAAAAUCCUGAGAAUGUGGAGUUGUAUCAGUUUAUGGGCAAGGAUAACGUGCCAUUCCAUACAGUGAUGUUUCCAUCAACGCUUCUUGGAACCGGUGAAAAAUGGACUUUAAUGAAGACUAUUAGUGUUACUGAGUACUUAAACUACGAAGCAGGAAAGUUUUCUAAGAGUAAAGGCAUAGGGGUUUUUGGAAACGAUGCAAAAGAUACAAAUAUUCCUGUUGAAGUAUGGAGAUAUUACUUGCUAACUAAUAGGCCUGAGGUAUCAGACACAUUAUUUACGUGGGCCGACUUGCAAGCAAAACUGAACAGCGAAUUGCUGAAUAAUUUGGGCAACUUCAUAAAUAGAGUUUUGAGUUUUGUUGCCAAACCUUCAGGUCAAGGAUAUGGUUCCAUUAUUCCAGAUGCUCCAAGGGCAGAGUCAGAUCUUUUAACAGAGAAAUUAGCUGAAAAAGUUGGAAAAUAUGUGGAGCAAUAUAUAGAAGCAAUGGAGAAGGUUAAACUAAAGCAAGGACUGAAAACAGCAAUGAGCAUUUCUAGUGAAGGGAAUGCAUAUCUGCAAGAAAGCCAGUUCUGGAAGCUUUACAAGGAGGACCAACCUCGUUGCGCUGUUGUUAUCAGAACUUCAGUCGGACUAGUGCAUCUUCUUGCUUGUUUGUUGGAACCUUUUAUGCCAUCAUUUUCUCUCGAAGUAUUUAAGCAGCUUAAUUUACCUCCUGAGAAGCACAUAUCACUUUGUGAUGAUAAAGGAGAUAUUGAUAGGGCAAGACAACCUUGGGAGAUUGUACCUGUUGGUCACAAGAUUGGGAAACCAGAGCCAUUGUUCAAGGAAUUGAAAGAUGAAGAAGUGGAGUCCUUAAGGAAGAAGUUUGCUGGAAGUCAAGCGGACAGGAAGGAGCGGGAAGAAGCUGAAGCAGUGAAGGUGGCUGCACAACUCAAGAAAAUGAAAGUUUCAGACAACAGUGGAAAGAAAAAGCAAAAGGCCACAAAAUCUGUAGCUGAAGCAGAAAUUUCCAUUUCUAGACUUGAUAUUCGUGUUGGCCUCAUUACGAAAGCUCAGAAGCAUCCUGAUGCUGAUUCACUUUACAUACAAGAGAUUGAUGUUGGUGAAGGACAGACUAGAACAGUUGUGAGUGGACUUGUCAAGUAUAUACCUAUUGAAGAAAUGCAGAACCGGAAGGUCUGUGUUCUUUGCAAUCUGAAGCCAGCAACCAUGAGGGGUAUUAAAUCACAAGCAAUGGUUCUUGCUGCUUCGAACAGUGACCACGCCGCGGUUGAAUUGGUCAAUCCGCCUAAAGCAGCUCAGGUUGGUGAGAGAGUUACAUUUCCGGGGUUCGCAGGUGAGCCUGAUGAGGUGUUGAACCCCAAGAAGAAAGUGUGGGAGAGCUUGCAAGUGGAUCUGCAUACUAACACUGACCUAGUGGCCUGCUACAGAGAUAUUCCCCUCACAACAUCAGCUGGUGUUUGCACUGUAUCCUCAAUUUGUGGGGGGUCAAUUAGAUAG